UACUGCAGAACUUGUCAUAUCACAGAUCUUUGUGUGAACGGCAUUGAACACAACAUUCAGCAUGAAGUGUGGAUUUUUCACCAUCCUACUGGUCCUUGCAGUAUUAGUGGUAGUAGCAGAAUCCUAUGGUAGAAGACACAGAGGAGGCAGACAUAAAAGUGUUUCCCGGCAUAGGAGUUAUCAUAAGAGUGUGUCCCGUCACAGGAGUUAUCAUGGAAGAGUAUCCCGUCACAGGACCUAUCACAAAAGAGUUUCCCAUCGACACAGUUAUAAAAGACGUGUUUCCCAUCGACACAGUUAUAAAAAACGUGUUUCCCAUCACAAGAAUUAUCGUCGUGCACAUGUUGGAAGAUAUGCAAGAAAGUCCCAUGUAAGAAAAUAUGGAGCUAAACGUUAUGGAAGAAGACAUGUUCGAAAAUACGGAGCUAAACGUUAUGGAAAGAGACAUGUUCGAAAAUACGGAGGUAAACGUUAUGGCAGGAGACAUGUUCGAAAAUACGGAGGUAAACGUUAUGGAAAGAGACAUGUUCGAAAAUACGCAGCUAAACGUUAUGGAAAGAGACAUGUUCGAAAAUACGGAGCUAAACGUUAUGGAAAGAGACAUGUUCGAAAAUACGGAGGUAAACGUUAUAGAAGAAGACACGUUCGAAAAUACGGAGCUAAACGUUAUGGAAAGAAACAUGCUAGAAAAUACGGAGCUAAACGUUAUGGAAGAAGACAUGUUCGAAAAUACGGAGGUAAACGUUAUGGAAGGAGACAUGUUCGAAAAUACGGAGCUAAACGUUAUAGAAAAAGACAUGUUCGAAAAUACGGAGCUAAACGUUAUGGAAGGAGACAUGUUCGAAAGUAUCAUCAUAAACAUAGACACGGCUACAAAUAUGGACAUAAGCGUGUCCAUGUUCAUAGACACACACGUAUUCACAAACUUCUCUUCGGACAUCGACAUGGACACAGAUACGGACAUAGACAUCAUCACCGAGGAAUACACAAACAUAUACACAGACACCAUGUCGUACAUAGGGUACACAGACACCACGUUGUACAUCGGGUACACAGACACCAUCGACAUGGACACAGAUAUGGACAUGGACAUGUACACCAUCACCGAGGAAUACACAAACAUGUACACAGACAUCACGUACAUAGGGUACACAGACACCACGUUGUACAUCGGGUACACAGACACCAUCGACAUGGACACAGAUAUGGACAUGGACAUGUACACCAUCACCGAGGAAUACACAAACAUAUUCACAGACAUCACGUACAUAGGGUACACAGACACCACGUUGUACAUAGGGUACAUAAACACCACGUCGUACAUAAGGUUCAUAGGCAUGUUCACAGACAUCACACUGUACAUAAACAUGUUCACAAUCAUCCCGUGGUACAUAGGAUACAUAGACAUGUACACACAAAUGGACACACUCAUGUACAUGUUCACGGACAUAGCCACAGUCAUGGUCACGCAUACUACAAUCUUAGACUGAGCCAUGGGAUCAUUUACUUUGGAGGAAACAGAUACCGCCUUAGUUGUGGCAGACGUAGGUUUUUAAGCCUUUGGGAGGAGUGCAAUCAAUCUUACGGUGACAGCAAUGAGUGUUUCACCCAAUUAGGAAGUCAACAUCUAUAUACAAGUAUCCAAGUCCAUCACGCUACACCAUUCUUUGAUGACCUAGACAAUAGUCUUGAGCAACAUGUUCAACAGCACAAUAAGAUUGCUUACGAACAUACCAAAAACAUUGCCGAGGCCGCUGACAAUCAUGUAGCUAACAUUGAUAAUGUAGCAAAUGAUCACGUGGGACGAGUACAAGAAGAAGCAGACAAACACAUCUAUGAUAUAAACAAAGCAUCCGGAAACCACAUCAAGCAAAUCAAAGAGGCAGCAGAUCAGCACCUCAAAAGGCUGGUUAAACACGUAAAAGAACAUCUUUAUAAUGCAGAGAAACAACAAAAAAGACAUACCAGCGAGCGUGAAUCCCAACAUAAACGACACUUGGGUGAAAAAGCAGCAAUAAACAAACAACACGAAUACGCUUUGAAAAGCAAAGUUGUAUAUGAUGGUUUAGAUUUCGGAGACGCACCAGUAGUCGCUGAUUAUGGAAGUUCUAAUGCAGCAGCAGAAUCAGCAAGUGCAGGCGCCGAAGCAGCAGCAGAGGCAGCACGUGCUGGCGCCGAAGCAGCUGAGUUAGCAAGUACAGGCGCUGAAUAUUAAAUAAACUAGCAUCUGUAUCUGCCAA